AUGUCUUCAUUCACUCAGCCGAUGCCCAUAAUUGCCUGCGGCAAAGUACCCGCGAUGGGGAAAUUAAUCCGCCAGCAGAUGCUGCCUGAAUAUGAAGUCAUCCACUUCAUCCUAUCAUAUGAGGCUGCAGAGGCCGAGCUCCCGCAUCUGCUUGCAGGCCGCGAUCCUCAGUCUCAGAGCCCCAAUGAGAUGGGAACCCACGAUUACAGCCGGCCUCCUCGCGCGGUAAUCUUCGGUCGCGGCUACGAGCCUCAUCAGGUUGAAGAGCUUAAGAAGAAAUUCGCGGGUGUUUCGAAAGAACCUGUUGCUUGGGUGAGGGGGGACCCAGCGGAUUUGCCUGCCGGGGCCGCUGGGCCUGACUAUGCUCAGAAUAUCGCGGCGGAUAUGAAGAAGGCGGUUAAAAAAUGGAGGGACGGGGGAGAAAGAGAUGAGGAGGUUUUGGUGUACUAG